AUGCCGCAGUCAAAUCAACAAGGCCACAGAAGAAUCCUCAACAAGCACUUCGAAGGCCUGAAGAACCACCUUUCCCAGCAGCAAUCCCGCAUACGAGCGAACGGGCGCCUUCGCGUCAGUUUUGGCAUAGAGAACGCCUUCACGACGCCUGAUGAGCAAUACGCGAAUCAGUUUGUGAAGCAGGCGAGAAAGCUCACCAGCCUCAAAGCAGAAGAAUGGGUGGAAUUGGCCGAAACACUCCGCUCCAUCGCUCACAGCCUGAUCAGCAUCUCCGCGAAGUCAGAGCGUGGUCUUCACCUUGCAAGCCUCAUACAGUCCACUUCCCUGCGAGCCAUCCUAAUCACGCUUCUGAAAGUGCAGCUAGAUACAAUCCCAGAUGUCGAAAGCCACAUUGUUCUGUUAGCGAACAGGAUCAAUGACGUCUGGCAAACAUCGAAAACAGAAACGAAUCUCGUGGACUUUGCCCGGAACGACGAGCUCCAAGCACCUUUAUCGGCUAUUUUCCCCGAGUAUGACAUAACAGACCCCCGUAAGAACCCACUGUGCUGGAUCCUGCCUGGGUUCGAAACAGCGUGGCGGAUCAAUCUGCGCAUGCUCCUCGAACUCCAGUUUAACGCCGGCAACGAUCGUCCGAAAUGGAGGGAGACAAUGAUCGCUUUCAUGCGGAAGCCUACCAAAGCUCAGUUCGAAGACCGCCAGACGAGCGAAGUCUCGGCGAAGGAUCUCGUUGCCGAAGCACUGCGGUUAUACCCCCCUACGAAGCGAAUCUACCGUGCGUUCGAAUGGGAGGAAGAUGGAGAUACCAAGUUGGAUACUUUUGCGGCGGACGUAGAGGAAUGUCAUCUCUCGAAUGAGAUCUGGGGACUGGAUGCGCUGAGGUACAAUCCACUGCGGUGGAAGACUCUGACGGAUGCUCAGAAGGAGGCUUACCUGCCGUUUGGCGGAGCUCCAUAUGAAUGUCCUGCGAAGGCCGUCUUCGGACCAAGGAUGAUUGGCUUGGUCGUUGGAGCUACCCUGGAGGCCAUGCAGAGGAAGGGAAGUUGGAGGAGCAGUGGGAUGGACAUGUUUCGUGGGGAGCGGUUGAUGAACGAUCGGGCCUCAUAUGAGGAGAUGUAUCUUCGUCUAGUGACAGCUACAACGCACUCUUGAGAGGGAGUUCGUGUUGCAGGCAUAUUUUUGUGGGUGCUGUCUGG